AUGGCCUACGAUCCGCAAGCAGACGAAAAGCUCAACUUUGAGACAUCCGAGAAUGUCAAGGUGGUCCCUACGUUUGAUUCCAUUGGUCUCAAGGAAGAUCUGCUCCGCGGUAUUUACGCUUACAACUUUGAAAAGCCAUCAGCCAUCCAGCAGCGAGCUAUUGUACCCAUUAUCCGUGGUCGCGAUGUGAUUGCUCAAGCUCAAUCCGGUACCGGCAAGACAGCUACGCUUGGUAUCUCGUCACUGCAAAUUAUCGAUACCUCUGUUCGAGAGACUCAAGUCCUUGUGCUUUCACCAACACGUGAAUUGGCGACGCAGAUCCAGAGUGUGAUUUUGGCGUUGGGUGAUUAUAUGAACGUACAGUGCCAUGCUUGUAUUGGUGGUACUAGCGUGGGUGAGGACAUUCGACGAUUGGAUCAUGGUGUGCAUGUCGUAUCUGGUACGCCUGGCCGUGUAUUUGAUAUGAUUCGACGACGCAACUUGCGCACUCGCAACAUCAAGCUUUUGAUUCUCGACGAAGCUGAUGAAUUGCUCAACCGUGGUUUCAAGGAUCAAAUCUAUGAUGUCUACCGUUAUUUACCACCUGCCACUCAAGUUGUCUUGCUGUCAGCUACUUUGCCACACGAUGUUCUCGAAAUGACCCGCAACUUCAUGACGGACCCCAUCCGCAUCCUUGUCAAGCGUGAUGAAUUGACUUUGGAAGGCAUCAAGCAAUUCUUUGUCGCCGUUGAGCGUGAAGAGUGGAAGUUUGAUACGCUCUGUGAUUUAUACGAUACUCUCACUAUUACACAAGCCGUCAUCUUUUGCAACACACGUCGCAAGGUCGACUGGCUUACAGAAAAGAUGCGUGAAUCCAACUUUACAGUUUCUGCUAUGCACGGUGAAAUGCCACAAAAGGAGCGUGAUGCAAUUAUGCAAGAGUUUAGACAAGGUGCUAGCCGAGUAUUGAUCACUACUGAUGUAUGGGCACGUGGUAUUGAUGUGCAACAAGUCUCUCUUGUCAUCAACUAUGAUCUGCCUUCAAACCGUGAAUUGUAUAUCCAUCGUAUUGGUCGCUCUGGUCGUUUCGGUCGUAAGGGUGUUGCCAUUAACUUUGUCAAGAACGAUGAUCUCAAGAUCUUGCGCGACAUUGAACAAUAUUACAGCACACAGAUCGAUGAAAUGCCCAUGAAUGUCACCGAUCUCGUUUAA